CGCGCAGGGGCGGUGCCCCGCCCACCCCCCGGCACUGCGGUAAUAUGGCUCCGUAGCGGGCGGCCGGCUUGGCGUUGCUGCCGCCAUUAACCCCUGCUCGCCCGGCGGCCUCGGGGGAGCGGAGCGGAGCGGGGACCCUACGUGAGGAUGACCUCGGCUGCCGGUUCCGCCGCGUUACCGCCCGGCUCCGCCGCCCGCGCCCUGCAUGUGGAGCUGCCUUCGCAGCAGCGCCGUCUUCGUCAUCUUCGGAAUAUUGCUGCACGGAACAUUAUUAAUAAGAAUGGUCAUCGCCUCUUGGAUACAUACUUCACUCUUCACUUGUGUGGUAACACCAAGAUCUACAAAGAAUUUUAUAAGAGUGAGGUGAUCAAGAAUUCUCUGAAUCCAACAUGGAGGAGUCUGGACUUUGGAAUAAUGCCUGAUCAUCUUGAUACCUCUGUCUCUUGUUUUGUUGUGAGGAUCUGGGGUGGCAAGAAGGAACACUUUCAGCUUUUGAUUGAAUGGAAGGUCAAUUUAGAUGGGUUAAAGUACUUGGGCCAGCAGAUCCAUGCAAGAAACCCAAAUGAGAUUAUUUUUGGUCUCAAUGAUGGUUAUUAUGGAGCUUCAUUUGAACAGAAGGAUCACUCAGGUACCCUGAAGAACAGUCUUCUCCAGGUGGAUCAGAACUGUGUUCGGAACUCUUACGAUGUCUUCUCUUUGCUUAGGCUCCACAGAGCUCAGUGUGCAAUUAAACAGACUCAGGUAACUGUUCAGAAAAUAGGAAGGGAGAUUGAAGAAAAGCUGAGAUGUACCUCUACAAGGAAUGAACUGAAAAAGGAGAGUGAAUGUUUACAGUUGAAGAUCCUGGUGCUGCGUAAUGAACUGGAGCGACAGAAGAAGGCCCUUGGUCAAGAAGCAGCCUUGUUGCAUAAGCAAAAAAGUGCUUUGCUUGACAGAGAAAAUGCAUUUGGGACUGAAUACCAGAAACUUGAAGAGCAUAAUGAAUCUCUAUAUGAAUCAAGAAAGGAAUGCACUGCUAAGAGAGAACAGUUUUUGAAGAUAAAUGCCCAGCAGACUAUUCGAUGCAAGCAGUUGCUGUCGGAGCUAUCCUACAUCUACCCAAUUGAUUUGAACAACCAAAAGGAUUACUUUGUUUGUGGAGUCAAGCUUCCUAAUUCUGAAGACUUUCAAGCAAAAGAUGAUGGAAGCAUUGCUGUUGCCCUGGGCUAUACCGCUCACCUAAUUUCCAUGAUAUCCUUCUUCUUACAAGUGCCACUCAGGUAUCCUAUCAUUCACAAGGGCUCCCGGUCUACAAUCAAAGACAAUAUAAAUGACAAGCUGACGGAAAAAGAGCGAGAAUUUCCUUUAUAUGCAAAAGGAGGGGAGAAGCUUCAGUUUGAAUAUGGAGUUUAUCUUCUCAACAAAAAUAUAGCACAGGACAGGGUGGGAGAGUUCUCUGUACCUACCUGCGUAUUCCCUGAGAAUAUUGCCCUUCUGGUAUUCAUAGAUUCAUAUAUAGGUAAAAAGCAAACUUCAGGUAUGCAGAUUACAUCUGGGGAGCUAAACACAGAGAAAAUUUAAUGUUUAAGAUGGAGGCAAAGAAUGUUAGUUAUCUUUCCCCUUUUGACUUUUGCAUGUCUGACCUCUUGUUCUGUGCCUGACGUAAUGAUUUUUAAUACAAAAGCUUAGGGUAAAUGAAGUCAUAGGAAAUAAGUGUACCCAUUUCCUAUAAUCCAGUGAACAUCAAUUAGUGAUACUGAACCCUUUUGAGAAGCUCUGACCUGAAUCUGUAAAGGUUAUGUGCUCUAUAGUUUCAUCUCAUCAAACUAUAAAUGCACCAAGACUGCAGUAAACAUGGUUUUAGUUAUUUAAGUGAUUCACUGGGGAGUGGGGGAAGCUUUUUGGAGGCUGGUAACUGCUCUAUCUUCUAAAUUGCAUUUUUAAUGUUCUUUUAUGAAACAGUCAUGGCAUAUGAGGCACACCUUUAUGGGCAUGGGGGCCCAUAUAUGUUCUUUUAGUAACUGCUAAGUUUUACACGUGGCUCUUUCUCCUAGUCUGUCUUUGACAGUGGUUCCCCUUACUGGACACCAGACUGAAACCAUGAAGGCUAAUGUUUGAGACCUCUCUGGAGGGGUGUUGUGUUUACUCUCAAGAAGAGUUUCAUAUAUAGCAGUGAAAGAAUUCUUGAGGAAACACAGCUUUUUGGCUUAUCUAGAUGUUCAGUUCUACAGUGGGUUCUACAUGUACUCAAACACAUACUCCUAUUUCCUUAUUUUCUUGAGGUCUAUCUCCAAUAAACACUACUGCUGUGAAACCAAAAUCCAGUAUUAAAUAUUGCUGAAGUUUUAAAAAUAAGAAAAAAAGUGCUUCAUAAAUGUUUGGCAGAAUAGUAUAAGAUGCUGUGCAUUUAGAAUUGAGGCUGCUGCUGUCUUUGAAUAAGAUCAGACUUUAUGUUUUGGUGAAUGCAAGAGGAAGAAGCAGCUUAAUGUAAUUCCAGGACAAAUCAAAGAAGGUAAAAGUGAAUUAGGUCUGUUAUCAGAUGAGAAUAUAGUUUCCCUGAUCACUUCUGAGCCAUUCCUAUAUGUAGAUUUCACGCAUGAAUUUCCCCUGCCUUUCAGAUGGAAGUGAAUUAAAAUUCUCCAGGCUGAGAGGAAAGGAGACAGGCUGUUCUUGGGGCAGGAAGAACUAGUGGUGAGAAAAAGUUUCCAUCUCAAUUUGAUGCAGUUUGUGAGAACUGAAUCAGCCAGAGCUCUGUGAGGAUGUUUUGCUCUAAUGCAGAGAUGAACAUUUCUGAACUGUACUAGUGACUUGGUCCAGGGACUGUGUAGCAUCUCCUGUGUUAGUUAUCACUGUUACAGGUCAGAGUGAGACAGUGAGGGGCCCUCAACAUCAGAAGGACAUGGACCUGUUAGAGCGAGUCCAGUGGAGGCCAUGGAGAGGCUCCAAGGGCUGGAGCCCCUUUGCUCUGGAAACAGCCAGGAGAGUUGGGGGUUCAGCCUGGAGAAGAGAAUGCUCCAGGGGGGCCUUAAAGCCCCUUCCAGUGCCUGAAGGGGCUCCAAGACCAGGAGAGGGACUGGAAUGACAGGAUAAGGGAGAAUGUCUUCCCACUGCUAAAGGGCAGGGUUAGAUGGGAUAUCAGUCAGAAAUUCUUGGCUGUGAGAGUGGUGAGGCCCUGGCACAGGUUGUCCACAGGAGCUAUGACUGCCCCACCCCUGGAAGUGUUUGAAGCCAGGCUGGACAGGUCUUGGAGCAAUCUGAUCUAGUGGGAAGUAUCUAGGCCCAUGGUGGUGGGGUUAGGACUGGAUGAGCUGAAAAGUCCUUUCCAACCCAAACCAUUCUAGGAUUUUGUGAUAACCAGAAAUGAUCUGAUUGAUACCAGCAUCUCCAUUGUAAAUGUGGGACAAAUCAGGUUAGUUCAGACUAAGCAUGCUUUAAAAAUAAUUGAUUGUAAAUAUCCUUCAACAGUGUAGCAUAAAAUGCAGUUAUUUCCUCUUACUGCUUUGGUUGCUGUUUGUGUGCCUUAUUUGCUAUAUCAAAAUUGUGGUGGGAGUCUUUUAAGAUGGUUUUAAUGAAGGCUUUAGGCACGCUGGGUUGGCUUGAGGAACUUGAAAGAGUAUGCUCAAUGGAUUAAUGAAGGACAUGGGUCUUCAAGGAUGUGGAUGUAACUUGUUUUCUUGUUAAUACUCUUGAAGAGUUUAAUACUCUUGAAUGAGUUGCAAAUUAAACAUCUGCUUUUUAGGUGUAACUCUGGGAGAUGGACACAGGCAUAUAAAGAUAAGUCAUAACAUCUAUUGAAAUAGCUUUUAUAUUUGAGCACUUCCCCUUGCUUGGGUGAGGGUGGUCACUACUGUAGCAGUCCUUUAUUUGCUCCUUCUCAAAGCAAGACUGAGAACUUCAAGAUUUGUUAUAAUCACAGUAGUUAUUUUUCUUUUUUCAGCUCCUACUUCACUAAGAAUCUUAGAAAAGUUAUGAAAACCCUUUUGUUAUGUUUACUUCCAAACUGUAAUUGAUGCUUACUGAUAGUCUUUUGAAGCAUGAAAAAUGAAAACAAUUUUUAGAUGCUUAGUUUGGAGUACAUUGUCUAAAGAGCUAUUGAUACCACAACAUGUUUCAAUGAUGUUGUAGCUUAAGGGUUUUUCAGUAAACCCACAUAGGCGUUCAGAGCUAGAACAACUAGCCAGAUUCAAUAAAACAAAGGCAAGCAAAAAAUUUUAUAAUUGCUCCCAAAAGAUAUAAACACACACAACUGUUUAUAUUGCAGCAGGCCUUAUUUCACUGAUCCCCCAUAGUUGUUUAUAUAGCAACAGGCAUUAUAACAACACUUCCCCUUUUCUUUAUUGCAGGGCUUAGUAAUCUGAAUCUCUGCCAAUGUUCUGUCCUACUCUGACAAAGUCACCCAGGAUCUUGUAAAACAAUUAACUAUGUCAUUUUAUUAAAACUUCUAAAACUUAAUAUUUCUGUUUGACAUUCUUAAUAUUUCAGUGUUUGACAUUCUCUGAAAACAUUAUGCAAAUGCUUGGCUUGUUACCAGCUCUGCAAAUUUGAUUGAAACAAUAGUUUUGCUUCUAUUUUUCUCUGUAGGUUUUCACAUUUGUGGAGCAGAUGUUUUGUUUUUUUUUGAAAUUCUUGAUGCUAUCAUGAGAAACUCCUCAUAUAGCUGAAAAUAAUUCAAAAUUGAUUUUGACUGCCUUAAUAUUGCAAGAUCUUUGCAUAGUGUAAUAGUGGGUUGAGUCCACCUGUUGUGUAGGUACAGGAACUGCUCCAACAUCAAGAACCAGUUGCCUGCAGUGGGGACUAAGGGAAGUCCAAAAUACAGCAGAUUUUGGCAUAGACUUGACUAUUAUGCACAAUAUCUACUAAUAUGGCUGCUAUUUUGAGGUUUAAUAACCUAUUCUGGCUGUUAGACUGCUUCCACAUGGCUUAGAAGAAGAUGAAUAUGGCUGGGGAAACAAUGUGAGAAAUUAUGAACAGAUGAGGUUAGAAUUGGAGUCAUUCUGCACUCCCCUCGAAAAGAAAGAUAAUUGAGCCCAGGUUCUCUGUGGUUUCUGGCUGGAAGUAAAUGUAUAUGCUUGUAUACCAUUAGUUACUAAAUACUGCUGCAAGAAUUAGGAUAGGAAGUGGACAGUUGUUUUUUGCACAUAAAUGCAGGAUAUCAUUGUUUUUCUUAAGAGCAGGCAUAGAGUGGCAAACCUCCUAAUUUCGAUUUUGGGUGCAACCUGCAAUUACCCAGGAAUAGAAAGAUAACUAAAUGGUUUCUUUUAAAGCAAACUUGAUUGAAAAACUUCAGUAGUCCUAUUACUUCUUAUAGACUUUAUAGGAAAGUAACUGAACUUGUGCAGGUUUGUAUUUUAGUUAGUUAACAAAUGAUGUAUCUCUACUGGUAGAUUUGAUGAAUGAGCAUUUUGCUGUGGAAUUGUUACCUUUAGGAAGGUAGUAAGCUUUUCUGUUGUCUGGCAUGAUUUUAGGUCAUGAUUUUUAAGUCUAACAGUCCAGUUGAUGAAAUGAAUCCUUGGAAGCUGUUUGGUUGGCAGUGGAGUAGAGAUGCUCAGAUUGGAACUGGUUCACUGCUGGUUCAUUCACUUACCUUCCAGUGUAAGUUCAGACCAUUGCAGAGAAGGAAAUACAGGUAGAAACUGGGGCAGCUCAAUAUUAUUUUUUCUCAUCUUGGAGUAUAAAAUGAUUAUGCCUGUUUUGGUACAAUUUAACUUCAGUUUGUCAUGCCUCACCUACAGCUAAUGCUGUGGUUUUCUUGGUAUUAGUCUUUUAAGGAAAAUAGGUCUUUAAACACUUUCUAAGAAAGCUAAUACAAGUUUUUUAAGAAUAAGUCUACCUUUUGCUCUGAGAACCACUGUUUUAAAUGCAGCCUAUUUUAACAUAUAUGGUUUUUUGUGAUGUUGGAAUAUAUAGGUAUAAUAGAAAAUAACCCACUGGUAUGAUUAGCUGGUUUUCUGCAGAGAAGUUGGCCUUAAAGUAAAUGUAUUAUCCUGUUUCUUGAGAUUUCUCUGUACAGAUAAUUCUUUAAAUUCUUCUACCUUGAACUGUUCAUGAAAUAUGAUGCAUCUUGUCUCCUAUAUCUUGUUUCUUUGUAGUAGAUGUUGCUAGUAACAAAUGUGAGAGCAGCACUUGGGAAAACAAAGCUGUGCAUAGGAGCUAAAUAUUGGUAUAGAAAUCAGAAUUAAUAUUAUAUCACUGGAACAUCAUUAAUGAUUUACUCAAAGUUCUGUGGAGAAUACAUGGUCUUCUAUGUGAACACAAAUCUUGGACACCUCUUCACUCCAGUUAAAACAGGCACAUUUUCUUUGGAUGGCUGGGUCUGUAAUAUCCUGAAGAAACAAUCUGAUCUUUAAAAUCUUAAAUAAAAUGCUGCUUUUGAAAAUUAUUGCAUUGGAAACUUAGUGUGGAGAUGGGUGACUUUUAAUAGCGGCAAUUGAAAUUUGAACAGUUUCUUAGGAGAGUCAGACAGAACAUGGUUGCCUCUGUCUGCUCUUGUUUUCCUGCUCUCUUAAUUCUUAUGAGCAAAGCAGCUUCUCCCUACAUUUUAUUUUUUUAAAAUUGAUUUUGGUGUUAAGAAGUACUUGUGUGAAUCCUACUGUAACAAGUCACAGGGAAUCAUAGAAUGGUUUGGACUCGAACGGACCUUAAAGAUCAUCCAAUUCCACCCUCCUGCCAUGGACAAGGAAACCCCCUCUGGAUCAGGUUGCUCCAAGCCCUAUCCAACCUGGCCUUGGGGCCCCAUCCUUCCAAACCUGGGGCAGCUCCAGCUUCCCUGGGCAACCUAUGCCAGGGCCUUGCCACCCUCACAGACAGGAAUUUCUUCCCAGUAUUCCAUCUAACCCUGUCCUCCGUUAGUUUGAAUUCAUUCCCCCUUGUCCUGUCAUUUUGUCAUUUCAGGCCCUUGUCCAGAGUCCCUCUCCAGCUCUUGGAGCCCCUUUAGGCACUGGAAGGGGCUCUGAGGUCUCCCUAAUGUCUUCUCUACUCCAGAUUGAACACCUCUAGUUCUCCCAGCCUGUCUUCAGAGCAGAGAUGUUCCAGCAACCCUUGGUGUAUCUCCAUGGCCUCCUCUGGAUUCAGUCCUUAAGAGUGUUGUUCAGUGCCUUACUAUUUAUUGAAUGAGAUGGAUUAACUAGCCCUGCAUGUGUGGUGUUGGAUAUUAAAAAAAUUAAACUUAAGGGAAGGUGUAUGAGAAAUGCUUUAUAGAUUGGGGAAAAAAAAAACAGUCCUUACUAAUAUUUUUUAUUUUACAUUGUCAGAGGUUAAGGAGAGGAGGAAGAGGAAUUCUGAUCUUUUAAGUAAAAAACAGUUGUUUUUAAGCUUCCUCCACCUCCUUGUUUGUGUUUGUUUGGUGUUGUACCUGUAGCGGCCUGCAUCAUGCAGCAAAGCAGAGAUUUGUUUGUCAGGAUAUGUGAGACUAUUACAGAAUUAUGUGAAGUGGGAGUUAGCCUUUGCUGCAUUAAUGGAAUGAUAAUUUAGAAUCCAGACUAAAACCCUAUUAAUCAGCUAAUUUUUGAAUGUUUUUUUCUGUUGCUAGAAGGCACAUAAGUUUUUCACUGAUUUCUUGGUUUGUAAAUACAUUAGCAGCAGCUUGUAUUGAUGUAGAUACAAGGCAGUAUUGCUUUGCUUUAAAUCAGUUACAAAGCCAAAUAGUAUGCAGUUUAUGAAGUUAAAUAAUAACUUUUUCUAGGGGUUUCAUGAAACUUGCAUCCUAACUUUACUUAAUAUGCAUCUCUACUAUUGGAAAUAUGAAAAUGUUUUUUAGUAGAAGCAAUGGUUUUGCUCAUGUUUGGAUACUGGGGUCUCCCAUGAAUUCUUCUGAUCUUGGCUGUUGGAGAGAUCCUUAAUCCACCUUAUUUUUGUGCUCUGAAACCUUAAAAUGUAAGAAUGACUGUAAAAAGGGGUAUUUCUUGAACUUUUCAUUGUUGGAGGAGGAACAAAUGUAAAGUUUUUGAGUUGGUGGGUUUUUUCUUCUUUAUUUCUUUUGCUCCAGGCUAAUUCUCCAGUUAACGAAUUCCACUAUAAUCCCAUCAGGAGAAUGUGGUGAUGGUUUUGUAAUUUAUAUUGUAUGGUUGUCUUAAUCCAGGUUCUGUCAUUGCAGCAGAAAAUAUGAACCCAAGCCCAACAUAUGAUUUGGUUUGUCCAUAUGGAAAUAAUAAACUGUAAUAAAUGGCCAGCUGUUGUACAAUGCGGUACUCAGGGUGAUUUUUCUUACAAAGUAAUUAUUCUUUCUGAAACUCAGACAAGCACAAAAAUUAUUCCCAAUUUCAGGAGUCUUUUUCUCUGAAAAACUGAUUGUUUGGGAGAAGUCAAAAAUUUUUGAAACUUAGGAUACUUUCCUGCAUCUUGCUGUCAGGAAUUGUGGAAACAGGUGGGUGAUUCUAAACAAAAGAAAUUUACCUUUAGUGGGACUGUUCCAUGUUUCAGCAAGUAGCUCUAUCAGCACUAAAUUUGUGCAGUUACUGUGUGUGCCUGUGUUGGAGUCCAGCAGAGACUUCCAAAGUGUGUUAAUGUAUUCUGAGAACUGCUUAUUAAAUUGGUAGUGUAUCAUUCCAGUAGCCUUAGAGAUAGUGGAAUGUAGGGUGUUGGGGUCUUUUUUCGUAUUUUAACCACACAAGGGAUACAUUUCUCUGCAAAGUUUCCCUGAAAUUUUGAAAUUCAAACUUGAAAGACAACCUUUUUCUCUUCCAUGUGCUGUUUUCUUCAGAGGUGUUUUAAAUGUGGUGACUUGUUAAACACGGAGUUUAUAAUUCUCACCAGUGACAGUUAUGUCAUGUGGAUGACGUAAGAACAACUUGUAGGAGUCAAUAUUCAGGUUUAAGUAUGUCAGUGUUUAAAGCCUUUCCCUUUGCUAAGUAGCACCUGAUUUGAGUGCUGAAUUUAAUUAUGAUUCUAAUAACAGGUGUUUAAAUGCCGAUAUAAACUGUGUAAGGAGCACAGAUAUUGAUCAGUUGUGUGACAGUAUGUAUUUUUACUGAUUGAUGUUACUAUAAUAAUUCCAUUACUGAUUCCAGUAUACACUGAUACACUCAGACUGACAAGCACACACAAAUAAAUAUUUGGAAUUCAUGAAUACAGAACGUUGUGUUGGAAUUUGGUGUCUUCCCAUAAUGGCCAUGUUUUUAUUAGGCUGUGAACCUGCUCUCCUGUUGCAGAUAGUAAAUGGAGAAAGUGUAAGGAGGUUUAAGAGUCAGGUUGACUGAUUAUUUUGUCCCUGUUCUCAGGUGGGUUUCCUAACACAAGUAGUAAAUAGUUCAUUUUCUUAAGGGGAAUAAAUAUCUUGGAACUGCUGGAUAAUCAUCCUAAACUUUUUAAAAACCUAGUGACUUAACUGACCAUGAUGUUGUAUUCUUUGGGAUUUGGAAAGCUGUGCUAAUUUUAGGAUUUUUUUUUCU